UUGACCUCAACCUAACAGGAAGUACGCCAUAAAAAUAAUCAAAAUGGCCGACGUGACAGAAAAUGCCGAAAAUUCUGGAAAAGAGAUUACAAUUACGGUUAAGACACCUAAGGAAAAACAGGAAGUUAAAAUACACGAAGAUGCAGAUGUUAAACAGUUGAAGGCAAAGGUAUCUGAGAAGUUUGGAGCCCCAGUGGAGCAGCUAUGCCUGAUCUUCGCUGGCAAGAUCCUGAAGGACAACGACACACUGAAGCAGAAUGUCAUCAAGGAUGGCCUUACUGUGCAUCUAGUCAUCAAAUCUGCCAACAGGACUGCAGGGACCACUAGUCCAGUGCCCGAUCAGACAUCCUCAUCUGCAAGCCCAGCGGCAGGUGUGAGGUCUGCUCCGGAUGUCAGUGCCUCUCCAUUUGGCCUUGGCAGCCUAGGCGGGUUGGCAGGCCUCGGCAACGUGGGGAUGGGCUCUGCCAACUUCAUGGAGAUGCAGCAGCGUAUGCAACAGGAAGUGAUGCAGAACCCUGAGAUGCUGCGCCAGAUGAUGGAGAACCCGUUCGUCCAGCAGAUGAUGUCCAACCCUGACAUCAUGCGACAGCUCAUGAUGGCAAACCCACAGAUGAGGGAGGUCAUGGAGAGAAAUCCAGAAAUCACCCAUAUGCUGAACAAUCCAGAACUGAUGAGACAGACCCUGGAGUUGGCUCGUAACCCAGCCAUGCUACAGGAGCUGAUGAGAUCUCAGGACCGUGCCAUGAGCAAUCUUGAGAGUAUACCUGGGGGCUUCAAUGCCCUACAGAGAAUGUACACUGACAUCCAGGAGCCCAUGAUGAACGCGGCCCAAGAAGGCUUCGGGUCCAACCCUUUCUCUGGGCUAAUGGCGAACAAUACAGGUAACAUCCAGGCUGGGCGUGAGAAUACAGACCCCCUCCCCAACCCAUGGGCCCCUCGCACAACCAGUUCCACCUCCAGUACCACAACAGGGGCUGGCACUUCCCCCACCUCACAGGCUGAUGCAGGCCAGUUUGGCAUGUUCAACAGCCCUGGUAUGUCUAGUCUCAUGUCCCAGAUGACAGCUAAUCCCCAGCUGAUGCAGAAUAUGCUCCAGGCACCCUACAUGCAGUCCAUGAUGGAGUCCAUGACGGCAAACCCGGACCUUGCUAACCAGAUUCUUGGCACCAAUCCGAUGUUUGCUAGCAAUCCACAGCUGAGAGAACAGUUCCAGCAACAACUUCCUACCAUGUUGCAGCAGAUGCAGAACCCCGCUGUACAGUCAGUGAUGACAAACCCGCGGGCGUUACAGGCCAUGCAGCAGGUCAUGCAGGGAAUGCAGACCCUCAACACUGAGGCACCCGGGCUCUUUCCUAACAUGGGUUUGCCAGGCGGUAUUGCCCCCUCCUUCCCCCCAGGAAUGUUUUUACCUGCCACCACCAGCGCCACGACGACAGCAUCAGCAACAUCAACAACAACAACCUCCACCACCACUGCUGGUACAACCACACCUACGAGUCCCCAGGAGCCAGGGCGUCCCACCACCAACCCAGCAACCCCCGGGGGUCACGAUCCCUUCACCCACAUGAUGACUCAGAUGAUGGGAAUGAUGGCGCAAGGCAACCAGAACCAACCCCCUGAGCAGAGGUACGCCAAUCAGCUCGAGCAACUCGCCAUGAUGGGAUUUGUGGACAGGGAGGCCAAUAUCAGAGCAUUACAAGCUACCUUUGGAGAUGUUAAUUUAGCAAUAGAAAGACUUCUACAGCAAAGACAGUUAGAUUUAUAGCUGCUAGCCAGUACAUUGAGCACACAUUCAGCCACCACUAUGAAAUCAGCAUGAUGCUCUUUUAAGCAUUGGAGUCCACAGUCAAGAUGCAAGAUGGCAUCCAGAACAAAAAAACAGGCACUGGAGUUUUGCUCUGGGAAAACAGGGCAAACUGCCCAGGCUACUUUAGGACAACACUUUUAACUGAAGCAUUAAGCCCUGUUGUCCUAGAACAAGGAUCAUUUUAUUUUUUUGAAAUUUGAAUAUUAAAUUUGUGUUCUGUAUAAAGUCAUUUAACAAUUUUGAUAUUUCAGUACGGUUCAUAUACAAAUUGAAGCAUGUCUAGUUUUACGGUGUAUUUCUUCAUGAUGUACCAUUAGGUUUUCAAGAUAAGCAAAUACUUUCAUGGUAUAAACUAUAUUAAACUUGCAGAUGGAUUUAUGAGCCAUUCUCUGUAAAAAAGGGGGUUUAAUGCAUGUGCAUAAAGUGUCAUCCCAGAUUAGUUUGUGCAGUCUGGACAGGCUAAUCAGGGAGGACACUUUCUGCUUUAAUGGUAUUUUUCGUUUACAGAAAGUCUCUUCUAAGCAAAAAACCAGUUUAGGCGAAAAGUGUCAAAAGGACAAAACUUUACCCUUAUGCAUUAUUCACUUUUUCAAAGAGCACAAACCAUAUGUUUUUGGAGAUUCAAAAUGCACUCGGUAUAGUUGAGAUAUUACGAUGCAUUCAGUGUAUUUGUCAUGGGUCUGUGUCCUAUUUUCAAAGAUUCACAUGUUUUGUGUCUCAAAGUUUCUUUUCUCUGAAGGUAAAAGAAGGAACUUAAAAUAUAAACUGUUUAGUUAGUAUACUUGGGUUUAUAUAAUUAUUGACAUUCAGAUUAUAUAAAGUACACAAAUAUGCUUUGAAAUAUAUAUACAGAUGAAUAAAUUAGCAUACAAAUUGUAUUUUUUAGCUGUGACCAUACAUGUGAUUUCUGGCUGUUAAACAUAUUAAAUCCACUUGUAAAUAAAAUAUAUGUAUACUUUGAUGGUCAGCUUUUGGUAAUGGUUCCAUUAUGAUACUUUCCAGGUCUACAUCAAAGCUUUCUCUUCGGCUUAUAGUAUUAUUUUUUGUAUAAAAUCCACAGGUUUUUUUCUUCAUGCUUCAACUAAAUGCCUAUCUUUCUUGUGGCAAUAUUUUCUUUUUCUUUUUUUUCACAUGUUGCAUGCUGCUUGAAAGUUUAGUCAGCCAUUAUGAAUAUUUUUAUCUUGUAUGUGUAAUAUAACAAAUGGAGCAAUUUCAUUGGCUUCCUAUUUUUUGAGAGACCAGUCUGUGUAGUUCAAAGAGGCUAAUCACGGAUGACACAGUCUGCUCUAAUGGAAUGUUCUUGUAAAGGAAGUCUCUUUUAAACGAAAAUAUCAAGGUAAAAAGCAGACUGAUCUGGGACAAUACUGAAAAUGAAUAAAUGAAGCCUGGGUUUCCCAGAGUGCGGGACAUUUCAUGAAGCAAGUUCAGGAAUAUAGCAGGAAAGCUAGCCUAUUGUAUUUUAUAAUGAUGGAAUUUCAAAAUUCUUGUUAGAUGUCUUUUUUAUGUUAUUUACUCAUUCAUUUUUUUCUAAGUUGAACAAGUAUUGAUAUAACUAUUUCUGAGUUACCAAUAUGUUACGUAGCUCUGUGCACACAUACUGUCGUUGCCAAGGCUCGUGAUAACAUAUUAGAAAAGCACAUCAUGUAUAGAUGACCAGACCGUUUUGUGUUAUGUGAUAUUUCAGCAGUUGAAAGUGUAAAAUGGUACUUAAAUUGACUCUGUAAAAAUAACUGCCAUACACUAAGCAGCCAUUUCAUUGUUUUAAUUAAUCAGUAGAAAAACAAGAUCUCUUUGAACAAAACAUAUAUUGCUUCUCUGUGGAUUUGAUAUUGGAGUAUCCAGCAUGUGCUCUUGUUUACUUCCCAAAUAUUCCAACCAGUUGGUCAUGUAAUGUCUGUAUAAUAAGUAUCCACUGGUCAAUUUUUAGUGAUUUUUUGUAAUAAAUGUCUCAUUUUGUUGUGUAGAAUACAACAUCCGCUGCUUGCGAAAAUGCAUAUUUCCAACCAUGCAAUUCUUAUCCGUUAUUGUUGAAAUUUCAAAUUUCGACUGCUAUCACAAAUUUUAAACUCCCUUCUCUUAUUUGGUCAUGGAAUCUCCUAACAUGGUGUAUUUCCUAAUUUAUAUAUUUUUUGUUGUAAUGAUAUUACUUCUCAUAUUAUCGUCUAUUGUUAAGCAGAUGUUUUGGAAAAGAAUAUUGCUUGUUUAUUGUUUGGUUUGAACCAUAUUCUAUUUUAGGACGUCAUCAAACAUAUUAUUUUGUAUUUCCUUUGAAGGGUGUAUUGUGACUUUUUUUCAUGGUCCAAUUUGACAUUUGGUAGAGUCCUAUAUUCAACACAUGAGCAGGUACAAAGGUAGAAUUAACUUGUUUAUACUAGUAUUUGACCCGCGUCAUGCGAAAAUGGCGCUUAUGCUAUAUGCAGCCUGCUGGCUUAGCUGGAGCUCCCUGGCCGCAUAUGUCAUAAAGAUCCAUUUUCGCAUGACACGGGUCAUAUUUGUUAAGUCAUUAAAUCGGCAUGAGUUAUGAUUUUUAGCUCGGUUGUUUUCGGAGAAAACCCGAGGUAUUGUCAUAGCCAGCUCGUCGUGUCCGUCGUCGUGUCGUCCGCUUUGUGCUAAAACCUUUACAUUUUGUCAAGGUUUUGAACAUUGCCUCUAAAAUCAAAGUGCUUCCACCUACAACUUUGAAACUUCGUUUUUAUCUGCACCUUGACUAGCUCUACAUGCCUCACCCAUUUUUGGGUCGCUAGGUCAAAGGUUAAGGUCACUGUGACCACUUAAAAAAAUUCUGACAAGCUUUCAUUUAUUCAAAACUGCACCAGCAGCCGAGCGUGGCACCCGUUAUGCGGUGCUCUUGUUCGUCUAGUUCCGUUGUCAAGCAAGUUGUGAUUCUUCUUAAUAACACAAUAUGCAUUUAUUUGGAAUGAUUCUUUUCACCUCUGAACAUAUUUGUAAAAGGGAUGAUCUCCCUGUCUAAUUCAUUUACACAUGAUGCUAAUGCGGUGGAUGCAUUUCGUUUUUCUAAUGUUUUGUUAUUGCUGACUUUGUACCUGUAUGUUGCUCUGUAAUUUCAUUGUCCUUGUAAAAUACAGAGAGGAGUAUAUCGUG